CGCGAGCGUCAUGAACGUCACCGCGUCCGCGCCGCUGUCGUCGCGCGUCGCCGUCCGCGGCGCGAACCGCGCGCGUCUCGUCAGAUGCGCGUCUCCCGUCGUCGUCGCGAGGGCGACGACGCGCCAUCGCGCGCGGAUAAAUCUGACCGUCCGCGCGGCGGACGCGGAGGGCGCGGCGGAGGAGACCGAGGACGACUUCGAGGCGCGCCUCGGCGCGCUCCGCGGGAAGCGCUCCAAGCGCGCGGUCUCGGACGUCGCGCGCAAGGAGAAGGACUUCGGCGCGCCGACGUCGUCCUCGUCCGCGUCCCCCGCGGGGACGAAGAAGCGCAAGGGCGUGCGCGACUUCACGACGGUCGGGGACGUCUCCGAGCCGUCCGGAAAGAACUGGGGUCCCGAGACGAUCCUGUACGAGGGGCCGCCCGCGCGCGGGGAGAUCAUCGCGAACGUCGCGAUGUCGUGGACCGUGGUGUGGAUCCCGCUCACGAUCGCCGCCAUCGGACGCGGGCUGUGGAGCUCGUACAAGAUCACGGACAAGCGCGUGGUCGUCAUCUCCACGUCCCCGCUGAGAAUGGAACGCGUGGACGUGCCGUUGGACGAGAUCGUCGACAUCAUCGCCGUCGGCCGCGGCGUCGGGUUGUGGGGGGACGUCGUCAUCACGUUGAAAAACAAGGAGAAGAUCGAGAUGCGGUCUCUGCCGAACUUCAAGGACGUGGAGGCGCACAUCAAGAAGUACAUGGGCACGGCGGAUCCCGAGUUCGCGCAGAUUUAAUUAAUACUUUGUACGGCCGCGAGGAGGCGUCGUACCGUAGGCGGGCCUGCCGUAAACGACGACGACUCGACGCGUUAUUAAUACGAUACGAUACGCGCGAUAACAC